CUGGACUGAGUUGAGGAUAGAGUAGGGGUGUUUCAAAAAUAUGGCGGUACUUACGACGCAGGCGAUUCUCAAAUCUGAAGAAUAUAGCGAGCAAUGAGCGUCAACAUAGCAAUGGGCUACAAAUGCAAAUGAAGAUUUUCUUACUGGAAUUCAUUUUUUAAUUGUGUUUGAAAAAGAGGUUGAGAAUGUUCAAGAGAAACCGAUCAAAGAGAGGCAACAAGGCUUAAUUUUUUGCCCAUAAAAGUGGAUACGAUCGGACUCAAAAUCCAGGCCUGUUCCUUUUCCCAACUUCUGAUUCUGAAUCUCAGUCUUUUUCAUCCCCAAUGUCGAAAUCUCAAACCAAAGCCAAGGCUGAUCAUCCAAAGUAUGAGGAUAUGAUCAAAGCCGCUAUUGUUGCUCUCAAAGAUCGCACUGGUUCAAGUCGUCAAGCUAUCAAGAAGUACUUAUUGGCAAACUACAAGCUUACUCCUGGAAACCACUUCGAUGCCCAAGUUAAUAAUGCCAUCAAGAAAGGUGCAGAGAAGGGUGUCUUUAAUCUUCCCAAAGCGGUAGUGUCAAGCUUGCUAAACCAGUAGCUAAAAAGCCAGCUGAAGGUAAAUCCACAACCAAGAAGACAGCUGUGAAGAAGGCUCCUGCUGCCAAGAAAGCUCCUGCCGCCAAAAAGACUGCCACUACAAAGAAAGCACCAACGGCUGCCAAGGCUACCAAGGCUAAACCAACCACUGCUCAAAAGAAGAAGGUUGCAACUGCUAUC